CGCGGCGCCGGGCGCUGAAAUUCAAAUUUGAACGGCCGCAGGAGGCCUUGUCAGAUCCUGGAGGCUGAGGGGCGAGGAGGGCGGGCAGCAGGAGAAGCCCCCCAACCCAACCCCGGACCCCCGGUCUUCCUCAGGACACAGACUGAGUGCAGACUCACUUCCUUUCUUUUCCUGACUUUGAACCACCGUUUCCAUCGUCUCGUAGUGGACACGUGACGCCGGGGGCGAUGGACCCGUUCACGGAGAAGCUACUCGAACGAACCCGUGCCAGGCGAGAGAAUCUUCAGAAAAAGAUUGCUGAAAGACCCACAGCAGCAGCAAGGUCCGGGGCUCAGGCCAAGCGUGCCAGGGAGCCGCUCUCAGAAGCCAGUAACCAGCAGCCUCCAUCCACUGGGGAAGAGAAAUCAUAUACAAAACCAUCACCAUCCAAAAAACACUGUUCCGACAAUGCGGAAGUUGGAGCUUCUAACCUGGAAAAUCAAGCACCAGCUGAGCCAGGGCCCGCAGUGACUUCCCUGAGGUCUGCAUCGCAUCAACCAGCUCCUCCGGCCUCUGCUGUCAGCGAGGCCGCGGCUGCCUCCCCAGCCCCGCUGGGUGGGAGGAGAGGGCUGGCCACCAAGCUGGAAGCCACCGCGGUCUCUUCCGUUAAAACGCGCAUGCAGAAGCUCGCAGAACAGCGGCGUCAUUGGGACAGUAACGAUAUCACAGAUGAUGUCCCCGAAAGCUCACUCUGCACCUCAGUGCCCCUAGAGGAGAAGGCUGCCUCCCCACCUAAGCCUGCACUUGCAGACACCUCAGCAACCCCAAUAGGGCGAAGGGGCCGUCUGGCCAACCUUGCUGCAACUAUUGGCUCCUGGGAAGAUGAUGUAAAUUACUCAUCUGCGAAACAGAACAAUGUACAAGAACAGCCUGGCACCACUUGUUUAUCCAAAUUUUCCUCUGCAAGUGGAGCAUCUGUUGGGAUCAAUAGCAGCAGUGUUAAGCAGGAAGCUACAUGCUGUUCCCAAAGGGAUGGCGAUGCCUGUUUGCAUAACGUCCCGUCCUCUACUGCUGCUGACGCAUCUUUGGUUAAGGCUUCAGUUUCUAGCUCUGUGAGAGCAGCUUCAUCCCCUGUGAAAUCUCCUAUACACUUCACCAAUACUAAAACUUGUGAGGUACAAAAUCCUGAGCGUCUUCAAAAAACUCCUGUUAGUCCUCUGAAAGUAGAGACAUCGAAGCCCAUUGUGAAGUCAACUGGGUCCCAAAUAGUUCCACCCAAAGAAGAACCAAAAAGAGAAAUCUGUUUACAGUCUCAAACUAAAAACAAAUCAACAACACCAGGAGGUGGAGGAAUUAAGCCUUUCCUGGAACGCUUUGGAGAGCGUUGUCAAGAACACAGCAAGGAAAGUCCAGCUCGUAGCACACCUCACAGAACCCCCAUAAUCACUCCAAAUACAAAGGCCAUCCAAGAGAGGUUAUUUAAGCAAAAUGUGUCCUCAUCUACUACCCAUGUAACACAACAGUUCAAACAGGAGCGUGAGAAAGAACUGGCCUGUCUCCGUGGCAGAUUUGACAAGGGCAAUUUAUGGAGUGCAGAGAAAGGCAGAAAUUUAGGAAGCAAACAGCUGGAAGCCAAACAGGAAAUCCUCUCUCAAAACACUCCCGUCAGGAAACAUCAAGCUGUUUCAAAUACCUCGUCGCUUCCAGUAGCAGAAAAGGUGACAGCAAAUCAGACACCAGAGAAAACUCCCAACACAGCAUCUGCAGAUUUUACUGAUUGCAAAAUGACGAAAUCUAGCCCUUUGAAAAUAACAUUGUUUUUAGAAGAAGAGAAGUCCUUAAAAGUAGUAUCAGAUCCAAAGAUUGAACUUCAGACUGAAGUGGUGCGAGAAGUUGAGAUGAGUGUGGAUGAUGAGGACAUCAAUAGUUCAAAAGUCAUUAAUGACAUCUUCAGUGAUGUCCUAGAGGAAGGUGAAUUAGAUCUGGAGAAGAGCCAAGAGGAGAUGGACCAAGAGGAAGCAGAAAGCAAUGAGGACCAGGAAGAUGCACUAAAUAUCUCCUCGAUGUCUUUGCUUGCUCCGUUAGCACAGACAGUUGGUGAGAGUUUAGUCUCCUCACCUAGACUGGAAUUGAAAGGUACUAGUGUAAGUGAUGAAAGUCCCAAACCAGGAAAAUUCCAGAGGACCCGUGUCCCUCGAGCUGAGUCUGGUGAUAGCAUCGGUUCUGAGGAGCGCGAUCUCCUUUACAGCAUUGAUGCAUAUAGAUCUCAAAGAUUCAAAGAAACAGAACGUCCUUCAAUAAAACAGGUGAUUGUCCGGAAAGAAGAUGCUACUUCAAGAAUAGAUGAAAAAAAGGAUGCCUUUCCUUGUCAAGUUAAUAUCAAACAAAAAAUGCAGGAACUCAACAAUGAGAUCAAUUUGCAGCAGACUGUGAUCUAUCAAGCUAGCCAAGCCCUCAACUGCUGCGUGGAUGAAGAACAUGGAAAAGGGUCCCUGGAAGAAGCAGAAGCAGAAAGACUGCUCCUCAUUGCAACUGAGAAGAGAAUGCUGUUGAUCGAUGAGUUGAAUAGAUUGAAGAGUGAGGGGCCUCAGAGGAAGAGCAAGGCUGGUGCCAAAUCCCAGGAUGAGUUUGUCCCAUCCAAAGGAUCAGUUACUUUGUCAGAGAUCCGCCUGCCCCUAAAAGCAGAUUUUGUGUGCAGUACGUCUCAGAAACCAGAUGCCGCAAAUUACUAUUACUUAAUUAUACUAAAAGCAGGAGCUGAGAAUAUGGUAGCCACACCAUUAGCGAGUAUUUCAAACUCUCUCAAUGGCGAUGCUCUGACUUUCACCACCACAUUCACUCUACAAGAUGUAUCCAAUGACUUCGAAAUAAAUAUUGAAGUUUAUAGCUUGGUACAAAAGAAAGAUCUCUCAGGCCCUGAUAAGAAGAAAAAACCGUCCAAAUCCAAGGCUAUUACUCCAAAGCGAUUCCUCUCAACUAUAACCGCAAAAAGCACCCUUCAUUCCUCAGUCAUGGCGAGCCCAGGAGGUCUAAAUGCUGUGCGCACCAGCAACUUUGCCCUUGUUGGAUCUUAUACGCUGUCGCUGGCUUCAGUAGGAAACACUAAGUUUGCUCUUGAGAAGAUAAAUUAUGGUCUAAAAGAGCGAGAGCUACUUGGCUAUUUGUUCCAGGAAAAGGUGCCCUUUUUAUCUCCUUUGGAGGGUCAUAUUUAUCUGAAAAUAAAGUGUCAAGUGAAUUCAAAUGUUGAAGAAAGAGGUUUUCUAACCAUAUUUGAAGAUGUUAGUGGUUUUGGAGCCUGGCACCGGCGAUGGUGUAUACUUUCUGGAAACUGUAUAUCUUACUGGACUUACCCAGAUGAUGAAAAGCGAAAGAAUCCCAUAGGAAGGAUAAAUCUGGCCAACUGUACAAGUCGUCAGAUAGAACCAGCCAACAGAGAAUUUUGUGCAAGACGCAACACUUUUGAAUUAAUCACUGUCCGACCACAGCGAGAAGAUGAUCGAGAGACACUGGUCAGCCAGUGCAGGGACACACUGUGCGUCACCAAGAACUGGCUGUCUGCAGAUACUAAGGAGGAGCGGGAUCUCUGGAUGCAAAAACUCAAUCAGGUUCUUGUUGAUAUUCGCCUCUGGCAGCCUGAUGCAUGCUACAAACCUAUCGGAAAGCCUUAAGCCAUGAGACAUUUUCAUGCCACAUAGUGGUGUUUUGAGCAAUAUCAUUAAAAUAUCUUAAGGAAAAACACUUAGGAGCAUCAGAUUUGCUGAUUGCAUGCUUUAAAUAUGAAAGGGUUUGUGCAAAUAUUCUCUACAUAUGCAGUAUUUAUAUCUUUUGUGUAUGGAACUUCACCUAGUUUAUUUUCUGUCAUUCCUUAAGUGGGAGUCAAUUCCUUUUAGUUGAUUUUGCUAAAUACUAUUUAAAAGUCUCAUUUUUCUAUAAAUCUAAUUACAUAAUUUUUUUUUAGAUGUAAGAGAUUCUGAGUUGUUUUCUUGGAACUCUUAGUCUUGAAAUAGCAAGGUCUUCCAGAGUUUGGAGAUGGAAGGCUUAGGUUGGUGACCACUUCUCUGACCUCAGGAGCUGUUUUAAAGUUUGGGAUCAUUUAUUGAUUGUGAUGCAACUGUUACCAGAGUACUGAAACAAAUUUCUAUAGGACUAUGAGACGUUACAGAAACACUUUUAGGUAGGAGAGAGUAGGACUUUUUUCUGAUAGCAAAUGUUCAAGCUUAAAGCUCCCUUAAAAAGAAAGAGAUGUAGACAAGGGGACAUUGUGUAAAAUUUGGGGAUUAAUUAUUCUAUACAGGAAAGUUAAUGACUACAUGGUUUACAUUUAUUCAGUUAAGAUAAUAUGCAGUGUGGUGCACAUUUUCACAGAAUUCAAACUUUGCUGAAAUAACUUUUGGCCAUAUAGCUUACAGAUUAUCAAAUAUUAACAUAAGAAUUUACCUGCUUCUGUAACAAGAACAAAUGUAAACUGAAGAAUCUUUAAAGCUGCUAUGGACUAAUACUUUGCCUGCCAAAGUUCUUCUCUUUAUUUUUUCAUGUUCAUUUAUGACAGUGUCUAGAAGCCUACUUUGAAAUCAUUCAAAAAAAAAAAGCAUUAAGACAUGUUACCUUUGAAAGCUUAAUACUUUUUUUAUUAUAAAAUAUUAUAAAGCAUGGUCUCUACUUUUAAAUACACUUUGAAUUUCUUCUCUGAAUUGUCAAUGUUGUUAUUAGUGAUUUCAUUUACAAACACUAAUUCUUUCACUUCCUAUCAUUUUGUAUUUGUCAAAUGUGUCUUCUUAUGUAUAUUGUAAAAAUAUUUUU